AUGGAUCCAAAUGCUGAAUGGGAUAAAAUCUGGAAUGAAGUCGUAGAUGAUUGCCUUAACGACAACACUGAGGAAGAUGUGAUAAGGUUGGUACGAGAGGUGCAACAACAAGCCAACAAUACAAGUAAGCAUAGAAAAAGAAGAACGGUGAUAGAUCGAAGUCGUGAAGAAGGGCAUCAUCGAUUGUUCAAUGACUACUUCUCUGAAAAUCCUGUAUACACGGAGGCUCAAUUCAGACGAAGGUUCCGUAUGCGAAGACAUGUGUUCCUUCGCAUUGUUGAAACUCUUGGAAAUCAUGAUGAGUACUUUCAAAGAAGGAUUGAUGUAGUGGGUAGAAUGGGCCUUUCACCAUUGCAGAAGUGCACAACUGCUCUUCGUAUUCUAGCAUAUGGAUCACCAGCUGACAGUGUGGAUGACUAUGUUUGA